AUGACCUCCCUCGUCCUCCCUCUCUUCCGGUCGCGCAUCACCAGCAGCAGCACCGCCAGACGAGGUUUCCAUUCAACCGCAAUGUCUCUCAGCAGCAAGCUCAAGCCCGCAGCCCGCGUUGCCGGCCGGCGCCAGGAUGUCUGGUCCAUCAUCAACGAGGCCGCUGCCGCCUCUCCGAAACAGCCCAUCGUGAACAUGGGCCAGGGGUUCUUCGGCUACAACCCUCCCGACUUCAUCCUCAACGCCGCCAAGCAAGCGCUGGACCGCGUCGAGUGCAACCAGUACAGCCCUACCAAGGGCCGUCCGAGACUCAAGAAGGCCAUCGCCGACGCCUACUCUCCUUAUUGGGGCCGCAAGCUUGACCCUGAGACCGAGGUCACCAUCACCACUGGCGCAAACGAGGGCAUGCUGAGUGCUUUCAUGGCUUUCAUUGAGCCCGGUGAUGAGGUCAUUGUCUUUGAGCCCUUCUUUGACCAGUACAUUAGCAACAUCGAGAUGCCCGGCGGCAAGAUCACCUACGUUCCACUGCAUCCUCCCACAGACGGCGCCACGGUGACAUCGUCCGCCGCCAACUGGACCAUCGACUUUGAGGAGCUUGAACGUGCCAUCACACCAAAGACCAAGAUGAUCGUCCUCAACACACCGCACAACCCCGUUGGCAAGGUCUUCUCCAAGGAGGAGCUCCAGAAGAUUGGCGACCUGUGCGUCAAGAACGAGAUCAUCAUCCUCUCCGAUGAGGUCUACGAUCGCCUGUACUACGUUCCCUUCACGAGAGUCGCCACGCUCUCGCCCGAGGUUGAGCGCCUCACCAUCACCGUCGGCUCCGCGGGCAAGAACUUUUACGCCACCGGCUGGCGCGUCGGCUGGCUCAUGGGUCCUGCCGAGCUCAUCCAGCACGUUUCCGCCGCGCACACUCGCAUCUGUUACUCUUCCGUCUCGCCUCUUCAAGAAGCCUGCGCUGUUGGUUUCGAGCAAGCCGAAAAGGAAGGAUUCUGGGACGAGACGAUCAAGGACAUGAAGGGCAAGAUGGACCGCUUCAACGAAGUAUGGAAGGAGCUUGGCAUGCCCUACUCAGAGCCCGAGGGCGGCUACUUUGUUCUCGUGAACAUGGCCAAGGUUAAGCUGCCCGAGGACUACCCGUUUCCGCCCCACGUCGCCAGUCGCCCGCGCGACUUCAAGCUCGCGUGGUUCCUCAUCCAGGAGGUGGGCGUCGCCGCCAUCCCGCCAACCGAGUUCUAUACGGAUCCCAACGCGCACAUUGCAGCGGACUACAUCCGCUUCGCCGUUUGCAAGGAGGACGAGGUCCUCGAGACCGCUAAGGAGCGUCUUCGUGGGUUGAAGAAGUAUAUCAAGGAAUAG